AUGAAGACUUCUCCCAAAAACAUUUUGGAUGCUCAUAAUGCUAAGCGUGCUAGACACGGUGUUCCAAACUUGUCCUGGGACAAUGCUGCUUACCAAUACGCUCAAGCUUACGCUGACAAAUAUGACUGUUCUGGUAACUUGAAACACUCUGGUGGUAAAUACGGUGAAAACUUGGGUGUUGGUUUCAGCACUGGUCAAUCUGUUGUUAAUGCUUGGUACAAUGAAGCUGGUGAAGAUGGUACUGAUUACGACUAUGGUUCCGCUACUGAUUACAACCAUUUUACUGCUUUGAUCUGGAAAUCCACUACUAAAGUCGGAUGUGCUUACAAAGACUGUAGUGCUCAAAACUGGGGUAAAUACAUUGUUUGUUCUUACGAUCCAGCUGGUAACGUUAUUGGUACUGACUCAAAGACCGGUAAAUCUUACAUGGCUGAAAACGUCUUGCCACCAGUUUAA